GUUCAGUAUCGUUACAUUUUCUCGAAGAGUGGUUUUACCGCAAUUCGCCGGCGGAGACGUAGUGUAUAGGAUUGUGUUUCGUUUCUAAUUCUAAUUAAUAACACAACGUCAUUUUUUUCGUACCGGUCGUUUUUUAUUUGACAAGAAUGUCUUCUAAACCUGCGUUUAAAGUGGCUGAUUUGUCAUUGGCGGAAUGGGGGCGGAAAGAAAUCACUUUGGCCGAAAAUGAAAUGCCAGGACUAAUGGCUAUCAGGAAGAAAUAUGGCCCUGAAAAAAUUUUAAAAGGUUCACGAAUUGCCGGCUGUCUUCACAUGACAGUGCAGACCGCGGUUCUCAUCGAAACUCUCGUUGAACUUGGCGCCGAGGUGCAAUGGUCGUCGUGCAACAUAUUCAGCACCCAAGAUCACGCGGCUGCCGCUAUCGCAAAAACAGGGGUCCCUGUGUACGCGUGGAAGGGUGAAACCGACGAGGAAUACCUAUGGUGCAUAGAGCAAACCCUUGUCUUCAAGGACGGUCAACCGUUGAAUUUGAUCCUCGACGAUGGCGGUGACCUGACCAAUUUAGUUCACACCAAAUUCCCGCAGUACUUGAAGGACUGUCGAGGAAUUUCUGAAGAGACCACCACAGGGGUACACAAUCUGUACCGUAUGUUGAAAGAAGGCACGCUAAAAGUCCCAGCGAUAAACGUAAACGACUCGGUAACAAAGAGUAAGUUUGACAAUUUGUACGGAUGCAGGGAGUCGUUGAUCGACGGCAUUAAGCGUGCAACAGAUAUCAUGAUCGCUGGAAAGGUCUGCGUGGUAGCUGGAUACGGAGAUGUUGGGAAGGGUUGUGCUCAAAGCCUCCGAGCACUCGGUGGACGCGUCAUCAUCACGGAAGUUGAUCCAAUUAACGCGUUACAAGCAGCCAUGGAAGGAUACGAGGUGACAACAAUGGAAGAAGCGUCAACUAAAGGACAGAUAUAUGUUACCACCACAGGCUGCAAAAACAUCAUAAUGGGCCAACACUUUGUGAACAUGCCAGAGGAUGCUAUCGUUUGUAAUAUCGGUCACUUUGACUGCGAGAUAGAUGUUAUGUGGCUGGAGAAAAACAAGGUCGAGAAAGUGAACAUCAAGCCACAAGUAGAUAGAUACACAUUGAAAAAUGGAAGACACGUCAUUCUCCUCGCAGAGGGCCGUUUAGUUAAUCUUGGAUGCGCGACUGGACACUCCAGUUUCGUAAUGAGCAACUCGUUCACAAAUCAAGUUUUAGCACAAAUAGAACUGUGGACAAAGUCGGAAUCUUAUCCGGUCGGUGUUUACAUGCUGCCAAAGAAAUUGGACGAAGAGGUUGCAGCAUUGCAUUUGAAUCAUCUUGGCGUGAAAUUAACAAAAUUAACAGACGAUCAAAGCAAAUAUCUUGGCGUACCUGUAGAAGGACCUUACAAGCCGGAACAUUACCGAUAUUAAUCACUGAAAAUCCGAUGGCUUAAAUGUACUUCCACCUAUGUUAUGUAAUGGACAGAAUUAAAAUGUGGCAACGAUAGUGUUUUAUUUCA